AUGGCCUGCUUCUUCUUUUGGAAAGAUGUAAUCAUAGGAAUAAUAGACACUGGAAUUUGGCCAGAAAGUGAGAGCUUUCAGGACAAAGGGAUGUCACCAGUGCCAGAGAGAUGGAAGGGCAAGUGUGAAAAUGGCACAGAUUUUGGCCCUUCAGCCUGCAACAGGAAGCUCAUUGGUGCUCAGUCUUUUAGCAAAGGACUCCAUGCUUCAGGUAAAAAAAUUUCCAAGGAAGAUGACUUCAAAUCAGCAAGAGACUUCGCAGGUCAUGGAACCCACACCUCGUCCACAGCAGCGGGUACCCAUGUACUUGGUGCUAGUCACUUUAGGUACGCUAAAGGCACAGCCAGAGGGAUAGCACCAAAUGCACGUAUCGCCAUGUACAAGGUCCUCUGGUCAACAAGCACAGAGGAGGUUGCAGCUACUGAUGUGCUCGCCGGGAUGGAUCGAGCUAUUGCUGAUGGGGUGGACAUCAUGUCUGUGUCUCUGGGAUUUACACAGACAUCUUAUUUCAAGGAUAUCAUAGCUAUGGCAUCUCUUUCAGCAAUAGAGAAAGGGAUUGUUGUUGUCUGUUCCGCUGGAAAUGAUGGAGGUCCAAACACAACAUACAAUGGAGCACCUUGGAUCAUGACAGUGGGUGCUGGCACUGUUGACCGAAGUUUUGGAGGAAAAAUGCACCUAGGAAAUGGAGCAACUGUGGAAGGAACAUCAUACUUCCCGGAAAGCAUAUAG